AUGCAUAUUUUAUCUUGGAAUGUUAGAGGGCUGAGUAGAUUAGAAAAAAGGGGGAAAAUUAAGCAGCUGGUGAGGGAGAGGAAUGUGGAUGUUUUAUUAUUGCAAGAAUCUAAAAGAAGUUCGGUGGAUGCUAGUUUUGUGAAGUCUAUCUGGCCUUAUGAAGAGAUGGAGUUUAUGGGAGUGGAUUCGGAAGGUUCUGCCAGUGGUCUUUUGAGCAUCUGGAGGCCAGAGGUUUUUAAGCUUACUGACUGCUGUUGCAGUAAGAAUUUCGUUCUUUUAUCAGGUAUAUCUAGCCCUUCUUUUAUGUGUACCAUAGUCAAUGUUUAUGCCCCAAAUAAAGGUGUAGCUAGGAGAAAGUUUUGGGAGGUCUUGAUUGAUGUUUUUCCCCAUUAUCCAAGCCCUUGGUGUGUGGGGGGGGAUUUCAAUGAAAUCAGAUUCAUUAGUGAGAGGAGAGGGUGCUCCAGGCGGGAGAAGGGGAUGAAGGAUUUUAAUGAGUUUAUCAACAAAUUGGAACUAUCAGAUUUACCUAUGUUAGGAAGGCCGUUCACAUGGUGCAAUGUAGUGGAUGGGGAGAGAUGGAGUAGGAUUGAUAGAUUUCUAUUGGAUUCUAGGUGGUUAGAAAUAUUCUCCUUCAAGCAAUGGGGUUUACCUAGAACUGUAUCAGAUCAUUGCCCUAUUCUGUUGAAGGAAGAUGAAAGGGAUUGGGGACCCAAACCAUUCAAGUUCUUAAAUCCAUGGUUAGCUCACCCUUCAUUUAUGCCUGCAGUCAAACAGAUUUGGGAAAAUAAUCAGGUGUCAGGUUGGGCUGGGUUUAGACUCAUGAGGAAACUAAGGGAUUUAAGAUCCCAUCUAAGGAUAUGGAAUAAGGAGGUGUUUGGAAAUAUUGACGCUCUAUUAAAGUCUGCUGAGGAGGAGUUACAUGAGUGGGAUUUGCAGGCAGAGUCUGGGUCUCUGGAUGAUGCAGGUAUUAGAAGUAGAAGAGAAGUUAGAAGUCUGGUGUGGAAAUUAUGCAGAGAUAAGGCAAGGUUGUGGCAUCAAAAGUCCAGGGUGCUCUGGGCCCAAAAUGGUGAUAAGAACACUAGGUUUUUCCACAUUAUGGCUUGCAGUAGACAAAGAAAGAACUUGUUGGACUCAGUGUGUGUGGAAGGGGAGUGCUUGGAGGAACAUGCUCAGAUUAAACAGGCUGUGGUGAGGCACUUUAGCAAGCAGUUUAAGGAGUGUUAG